UGGCAGGUUUAUGAGCAGACGCACAUAACCUACAGAAGUCAAGUCAUUUGACAAUUUAUUGAUUUAUUUAAUUAUGUAUUGACACUCUGUAUUGUUUACAAAUAUGAACUAACCGAGCGUUUAUGAAAUAGAUUCACAGUCGACAAAAGUGCUACAAUCAUGUCGGAGUUACGAAAACGGCGCGAAGGUGAAGGUGAUGAGAAAAACGCAGAAUUAGAGAGUGACCAUAUCGACAGCGAGGAUGACAAGCUACUUGAUCAGCCUCCGUCGAUGGACUUGUCCGCAACUAUACCGACAGGAACCAAUAAAGCACCGUCGCUACUCGAAUCCCUAGUGAAAGACUUACCUGAUCGCUGGCGUAAUUGGGUCGUACGGGGAGUUUUCAGUUUUAUUAUGAUCUCAUUUUUUGUCUUCGUUAUUUACGGAGGUCCAGUUGCUCUAAUGAUUACGACUUUAGUCGUACAAGUGAAAUGUUUCGAAGAGAUAAUCAACAUAGGCUACGCUGUCUACAGAAUUCACGGACUUCCGUGGUUUCGAUCUCUAUCAUGGUACUUUCUGGUGACGUCCAAUUAUUUUUUUUACGGAGAAAGUUUGGUCGACUACUUUGGAGUUGCUUUUAACAGAACUGAUUUUUUGAGAGGUUUGGUCACCUACCAUCGUUUUAUAUCCUUCUGUCUGUAUUGUGGAGGAUUCGUAUGGUUCGUUUUAAGUCUAGUCAAAAAGUAUUAUAUGAAACAGUUCUCCUUGUUUGCAUGGACGCACGUAGCUUUAUUGAUUGUCGUCACUCAAUCGUAUUUGAUUAUAAAGAAUAUAUUUGAGGGAUUAAUUUGGUUUAUUGUGCCUGUCUCAAUGAUUAUAUGCAAUGAUAUUAUGGCGUAUGUGUUUGGAUUCUUUUUUGGGAAGACUCCAUUAAUAAAAUUGUCACCGAAGAAGACUUGGGAAGGAUUUAUUGGUGGGGGAAUCUCCACAGUUAUAUUCGGAUGCAUUUUCUCAUGGUUGUUGUGUCACUAUCCCUAUUUUGUUUGCCCAAUAACUUACAAUGAAGUGGAAGGUCAUAUGACAAUGGACUGCGAACCUAGCGCCUUAUUUAGACCAGCCGAGUAUACUUUACCCACAUAUUUGUCAGGAAUCUUGGGAUUUCUUGGAAUACGUAACACUAUAAGUUUGUAUCCGUUUAUUCUGCACUCUUUAUCGUUGUCGGUAUUUAGUAGCGUGAUUGGACCGUUUGGCGGAUUUUUUGCUUCGGGAUUUAAAAGGGCAUUUAAAAUAAAGGACUUUGGAGACGUGAUUCCUGGUCACGGUGGAAUAAUGGAUCGUUUUGAUUGCCAAUUUUUAAUGGCCACCUUUGUGAAUGUAUACCUGACUAGCUUUAUUCAAACGGAUAGUCCGCAGAAACUGCUCUCGCAAGUAUUAUACCUGAAACCUGAACAGCAGCUUCAGCUGUUUCACAUGUUGAAAGAUUCAUUAACAAAUCGAAAUUUACUGGAGCCACCGAUGAACUAAUCUUUUGACUUGUUCCUUGUUUAAUGUGCAAUAUGUACAAAAUAGGUACCUAUAUUUAAAUGGUAUUUUGAUGCAUUUACAGUGUGGAAUAGUUUUAGUUUGUUAUGUUUUAAAUAUUAUUUAUUUUUCAGUUUUAAGUUCAUUAGUAUGUAAUAUUUUUACAUAAAUUGCUAGAAACUUUAAGCUUUACCGAUUUAAAAUUUCGUGUGUUUAAAUGCAAUUUAAUUUGUGUGUUUCCCACUAAUUAAAUGAGGUCUGGGUGAGUACUAGUCUGUUUAAUCAGGUGUUAAUUGUUAAAGGGCCACUUCUUGCUCAAUUAGACACGUUCAUUUGGUAAUUUGUCAUCAAAUAGAAAUUUCUUGCAGUGUCAUCUCAGUAUUAAAACACAGAAGAUUUGCUUUUUAUAGAAGCUGAUUCAUUAAAUCAUAUGUUGUUGCUAAAUGUGCAGAAUUCGACAUAAUUCCAACAAUGAAUAAUGAUAAUCCUGACAAAAAUUUGUUAGCUACCCAUGAACUACAGGAACUGUGUCAAAGUAUUCCAUUCUCUUGCAAUGUUACCACUAAAGGUGGUGUUAAGGUUUUUCCAUUUGGUACCCUACAUCCAAAUCCCAUUUUAAUAAGCAAAACUUACAUUU